GAGAUUGGAUAGCGGCGGGGCGCAGGGAGGGGUCCGCGCGCAGUCCGGGGCCGCAGCUCUGCAAGUCUGCGUUAUAUAUCGCAGUGCUGCCCUGGGGAGAGCUGGUUGCGCCGCCUCGCACGUGCCUGGGUCCGACGCCCUCUUCGCCUUGCCCAGGGGUUUCGUCUGCCCUGGCUCUGUUCCGUCUCGCCCCGAGGUUCACUCCAUCCUUGGCGCCCCAAGCCUUUCAUCUAGCGCCUCCAAGCUUUGGACCUCGACGUCUGCAAAACUAGAUGGUCACAGCCAUGAAUGUCUCACACGCAGUAAAUCAGCUUCUCCAGCCCUAUAACUUCGAGCUGCUCGAGGGCCUGUGGCCCUUUUUGGAGGCGUACUGGGCAACCUCAUUCCCCAUAGCCCUGAUCUACCUGGUGCUCAUCGCUGUGGGGCAGAACUACAUGAAGGAACGUAAGGGUUUCAACCUGCAGGGGCCUCUCUUCCUCUGGUCCUUCUGCCUUGCAAUCUUCAGUAUUGUGGGGGCAGUGAGGACGUGGACCGUGAUGGGGACUGUGCUGCUUACUGGGGGCCUAAAGCCAACUGUGUGCUUCUACACCUUCAUCGAACAUUCCAUAAUCAAAUUCUGGUCAGGGGUCUUUCUUCUCAGCAAGGUCAUAGAACUUGGAGACACAGCCUUCAUCAUCCUGCGUAAGCGGCCUCUCAUCUUUAUCCACUGGUACCACCACAGCACAGUGCUGGUGUUCACAAGCUUUGGAUACAAGAACAAAGUGCCUGCAGGAGGCUGGUUCAUGACCAUAAACUUUGGUGUGCAUGCCAUCAUGUACACCUAUUACACUCUGAAGGCUGCCAACGUGAAGCCCCCCAAGAUGCUGCCCAUGCUCAUAACCAGCCUGCAGAUCUUGCAGAUGUUUGCAGGAGCCGUUGUUAGCAUCCUGUCAUACAUCUGGAGGCAGGAGCCAGGAUGCAACACCACGAUGGAACAAUUAUUCUGGUCCUCCAUCUUGUAUAUGACCUAUUUCAUCCUCUUUGCCCACUUCUUCAGACAGGCCUACAUCAGGCCCAAGGUCAAAGCCAAGACAAAGAGCCAGUGAAGGGUUGGAGAGAACAAUGAAGCUCCAGGCUCUCUCUUCUCCAGGGCACUAAGAGGCUGGGCUUAGUUUUGGGAGAAUGAUUAGGUUGCCUUACCUGCAUGGUUUCCCCAGAGGAUGUGUGCCCCAAGGUGGCUGGAAUUUUUGACAGACAAGAAAGGUGACCCUGGGAUGGGGGUGUGGUCUGUUACUUUGAUGCUUCUGUUUUUAAUGUGAAGGCCAAGCAGGCCCUGGGAUGGGGGUGGGAUGGAGGAUAUAUUUCUAUCCAGAAAUCUUUCUUCUUCUUGCUCUAUUUUUUUAAUUAAAGAUUUCAAC